CGGAGGCGCCGGCGGGAGGUCCUCCAUGCGCAAACCUCGCGGACCCACCGCGGGAGCGUCCGGCGACGAAGCGGGCCCGCUCGCGGAAGGCACCCCGCCGCCGAAGAAGCGCGGCCGGCGGGCCAACGAGGGAGCUGGCGCCGCGAUGGAACCCACGACGACGACGAAGAAGACGUCCGCGUCGAGGCCGCCGUGUCCGCACGGGUUGGCGCCGCGAGGCCGGUGCUUGAAGUGUUCCGGGUGCCCGCACGGUCGGCAAAAGUCCAAGUGCGUCAAGUGCGGCGGCUCGGAGGUGUGCACGCACGGACGGGUGCGUUACCGGUGCAAGGACUGCGGAGGCAAGGGAAUGUGCGAGCACCGAAGGCAGCGCGCGCUGUGCAAGGAGUGCGGCGGGCGCGGCAUCUGCGGGCACGGGAGGCAGCGGAACAAGUGCGUGGAGUGCGGCGGGAGCGGCAUCUGCGAGCACGGGCGGCAACGGCAGCACUGCAGGGAGUGCGGCGGGUCUGCAUUCUGCGAGCACGGUCGUCAGAAAAACAAAUGCGCGACGUGCAAAGUGAAGGCAGAGUGAUGCGUAUCAGGACGGCGCGAUUGUGAGCACCGAGAAGAUGAACGGCGACGAUCCGGACUCCGCUUCGAAAUAACAUCACAUCAAUAUCAUGCAU